AUGUCAGCGGAAAUCAAAAGCAUGAUAAAAACAGGAGUGAUCGGACGUGCGGAGCCAUCUCCCAGCUUCCGUUCAACGUUCUUUUUAGUGCCCAAACCCAACAGGGAAUUUUGCCCCAUCUUCAAUCUCAAACGACUGAACAUGUUCUUAAGGUUUAAUUACCACCAAGAUCCGCAUCAACAUCAGCUGCUACAAAUAACCUGUUUACCUUUCGGUCUUAUACCGGUUCCAAGAACGUUCGCAUCGGUAACCAAUUGGAUAGCAGAAUUGUUGAGAAAUCACGGCAUCAGAUGCGUAGUAUAUCUCGACGAUUUUUUGCGUGCGAACCAGUCCAAAUCGGCUUUACAGAACGACAUAGCAGGGGCGCUAAAGAUGAUGAGGACCCUAGGCUGGAUGAUAAAUUUUCAGAAAUCGGUCUUAGCCCCGACACAAUGCCUCGAGUUUCUCGGCAUAACGUGGGACACAAAACGUAACACAAAGUCCCUGUCGGGGCAGAAGUGCUUAACGCUACGCAAUGCACUGUAUCUGCUCAAACAGAGCAAAUGGUCUCUCCGACAAUACCAGUCCAUUAUGGGGAGACUCAAAUUUGCGAGUUUUGUAACUCGCAGGGGUCGGCUUCACUGUCGAACACUGCAGUACUACAGUCGACAGUUGCCGAAAACUCACCCGCACCGCCGCGUGAGUAUUCCCCAACCAGUACAGCCGGAAUCGGAAUGGUGGCUGGAAGAAAUAGGAGGGUCAAUGCCGAUUCAAAUACCUCAAUUGACCAACCUUUUGACUACAAAUGCAUCCAACACAGGCUGGGGUGCACAGCUCAACGAAAUCAGCAUAUCAAGAACGUGGACGAAACGUAAACAAUCAUGA